AUGCCAUCCUGGACCCAUCUAAUUCGUUUCAUUGCUGUGGAGGACAGCCAGGUCCACCUCGGCCAACUGGUGGACACGACUCGCGAUGUUGGCCGGGAUAGCGUUCAUGGUGCGGAAAUCGCUGCCUACAUCGUUAAGGGCACUAUAUUUGACGGCCGUGUAACUAUGGAAGUGAUGCACGUCAAGCAGCUGCUCUCCCCGGUCUCACGAGACGAUUGCAACUAUAUCCGCUGCCUAGGGCUUAAUUAUGUGGACCAUGCAAAGGAAGCCAGUUUGGCUCUUCCCAAGAGCCCCACCCUCUUCAGCAAGCCACGUACUAGCCUAUCUGGCCCAUACCCGGCAGCGAUCAAUAUCCCAAAAUGUGCCCAGGACGGGACGAGCGACUACGAAGCCGAGCUAUGUCUCGUCAUCGGGAAGAGCGGUUGUGACAUUCCCGAGGAUGAAGCUCUGGACUACGUGCUGGGAUAUACCGCUUCAAAUGACGUGUCCGCGCGGGCGAUGCAAUUGGAAACCACCCAGUGGGGCUUCUCCAAAGGGUUUGACUCCAGCUGUCCGAUCGGCCCGGUCCUCGUAUCCUCCUCCGUGAUACAAGACCCCCAGACCCUAUCGAUCAAGGCCGUUCAUAAUGGCACAACUGUACAGGAUGGCCAUACAAAGGACAUGAUCUUCAACGUGAAGAAGCAGAUCUCCUUCCUCUCCCAGGGCACGACACUGGAGGCGGGAACUCUCCUCCUGACGGGAACACCCGCUGGUAUUGGCUUUUUCCAUGACCCCAAGGUGGUUUUGAACAAUGGGGAUGAGAUCUCGGUUGAGAUCGAUCAGAUAGGAACACUGGUCAACAAAGUUCGGUAUGAGAGUCGAUGA